AUGAUUUUCGGUCUAACAGAUGGCUUAACGAUACCAUUUGCCUUGGUGGCAGGAUUAUCUUCUUUAGGACAUAAUUACAUUGUAAUUUUAGGUUGUUUAGUUGAAUUGAUAGCAAGCACGAUAUCAAAAACAGCAGGUGGAUGGGCAACGUCAAAAGCGGCAGAAUAUCAUUAUUGGGCUGAGAGAAACGCGGAAGAAUUCAAAGUUCAAUACUACCUAGAAUCUGAGAUUCAAAAAACAAUUGAAUUUAUGAUGAAAUUUAAAUUUAAUCUUGAAAAACCCGAUCCUGCACGUUCUUUAGCAAAGCGCAUUAGUAAUUGGAGCAUCAUAUUUGUAUCUGGAUUAAUUCCGCUAUUGCCAUACUUCUUCAUUAGAGAUUGUGUAACUGGAUUAUACGUCUUCACAUUAAGUUGCUUAAUUUUAUUUGGAUACAUUAAAGGUACACUUGCCCCAAUAAGGCUAUCUGGGGCGCCAUCGAAUUUUGUUUUCGUUGAGUUUAGCGUAGCCAAAAUUUGA